GCACUACAAUUGCAGUCAUGAAGACUCUGAUCGCCGUGUUGUUGGUCGCCUCCGUGGCAGCAGAGCAGAAGCGCGAGGCUGAGCCUUCCUACGGCCUUCACUACCCCCUUACCUACCCUUAUGGUGUAGGCCUUGGCAGUGCCUACGGGCUCAACCCAUAUGGCACUCACUCCUUCCUCAGUACCCGCAGCCAUGUCCUUCACAAGCGCGACGCCGAAGCCGACCCUGGCUACCUUUUGGGAGGAGGUCUUGGCCUAGGCAACGCUUAUGGUUAUGGACUCACUUAUGGCCUUGGUCAGGGUUAUGGCUAUGGAUAUCCAUUAGGUCACGUCUCCUACCACGCCGCCGGCCACUCUAUCGGCAAGCGUGAGGCUGAACCUGGCUUCGCACCCGGUCUUCUUAGCCACGGAGCAUCCUACGGCUACACCCCCUCUCUCUUCUAUCCAGGAAUCGCCCAUUCCUACCAAUACAAUCGCGCCUUUUCUCCGCUUAUCUACGGAUAAAGAGCAUAUUGAUUUUACUCCUGAUAUGUUUGAAUAAGAUACAUCUAACUAUAAUUUUUCUUAGUUAGAUGGCAUUUCCUCCUGAUAUGAAUGAUAAUCAUUAAAAUUGAAUAAACUGUCUGCAAGUCA